AUGUCUACCGAAGGCCCUCCACCGUUUGUCGGGCGAAUGCUUGCAAUGUUAGAGCCCGCACAGAUCAUGGCCUGGGCGAUGUCCCACUACGUCCGAGUCUGCACCGAAGCUGUCUUCAAGAAUGGCCACCUCUUUGCCCCAAUUACCCAGACCAGGAGACUGCGCGAUGAAGCAUUCGGAAGAUUCUGGAUUGAUUUCACCUCACCCCGCCAAAUGUCAUCCGACCCGAACAAUACAGAAGUCCCCGAGCCAGUCGGCUCGUCAGCUUUAAUCCCUCCACUUCUCCGCACAGCCUCAGGGAUAGUCCUGGACAUCGGACCAGGCACAGGCACACAGAUGCCACUACUCACCUCACCAGCAAUAAGAGCCCUAUACGGCGCGGAGCCAUGCGAAAGCCUACAUUCCUCGAUCCGUGAAAAGGCAGUGGCAGAAAACAUCUCUUCCAAUUACCACAUCGUGCCGACAGGAGUAGCAGCUAGUGAACUAAUUCCCGCAUUGAGAGCGACGGGCACGGGCGUUUUGGAUGCGUAUGAUUCCGACGCGCGCGCAGGCAUCUUCGACACGAUCCUCUGUGUGCGAGUGCUGUGCUCUGUGCCGGAGAUGGAACGCACGGUCGGCGAGUUGUAUGGGAUGCUCAAGCCUGGUGGGCGGCUGCUUGUUACGGAGCAUGUUGUUAACCCGUGGCGGCGGGCGAAAGGGUCGAUUGUAGCCCGUGUUGUGCAGGGUAUCUAUCAGGCUCUUGGGUGGAGUUGGUUCAUCGGGGACUGUUGCUUGGAUAGGGAUACAGAGGCGGUUUUGAGGGCUGCUGCUGACGUGGAUGGGGGAUGGGAGAGUGUUGAGUUGGAGAGGGCUUUUGAGUGGUCGGCUAUGCCUUAUAUCUCUGGGGUUUUGGUUAAGAAGGGGAUUUAG